AUGACUCUCACUCGGGAAGAAAUCCAACAACAUAGCACUCGGCAGUCAUGCUGGGUUGCCAUCCACGGGGCUGUCUACGAUGUCACUGAUUUUCUUGAUUCACAUCCAGGGGGUGCGGCGGCAAUUCUCCGCUGUGCUGGAAAAGAUGCUACCGAGGACUAUGACUCGGUACAUUCAGCAGACCUCGUGAAGGAGGCGCUGCCCGACUCUGCCCUACGAGGAUACAUUGAUCCAGCAGAAUUGGCGGUCGUCGAGGCGACUUCUAACAAAGUCGAACCAUCAUCAGAUUCAAAUCUCCAGAGCCCUCCGCCCCUCAAGACGUUGAUCAACCUAGACGAUUUUGAAGAAGUGGCCAAGCAAUACCUACCUGCUAAUGCUUGGGCAUACUAUUCUUCGGGUGCGGAUGAUGAGAUUAGCAAGCGCAACAACCGACGCGCAUAUCAAAAGGUGGCUCUGCGUCCUCGCAUUUUGAAGAACGUCUCCAGUGUGGAUACGACCACCUCGAUUUUGGGUCAUUCGGUGUCUCUUCCGGUCUACAUGUCCGCCUCGGGUAUUGCCAAGCUUGCGCAUCCCGAUGGCGAGUGUGCCCUGGCUCGAGCAGCUGGGAAAGAAGGGCUGGCCCAGGUCCUUGCCAACAGCUCCAGUAUGUCAGUGGAGCAAGUCAGGGCAGCGCGGACCUCUGAGGAUCAACCUCUCUUCCUCCAGCUGUAUGUCAACAAAGACAUUCGGAAGUCGGUGGAACUUGUCAAACGUGCUAUUCAGGCGGGUGUCCGCGGCAUUUGGAUUACCGUGGACUCACCGGUGGUAGGAAAGAGAGAAAGCGAUGAGCGACUUAAUUUGGCCGUCACGGCCCUUGAUAGCGACGCUCAGGGACAAGGCAUGGCCAAGGUGACGGCAGGCUCCAUUUCUCCUUCUAUUGACUGGGAUAUUCUCUCCUGGAUCCGGGAACUCACUGACCUACCGGUGGUCAUCAAGGGCAUUCAGUGUGUCGAAGACGCCGUGCUUGCAUACGAGCAUGGUGUUCAGGGCAUUGUAUUGUCGAACCAUGGUGGUCGAUCUCAAGACACCGCCCAGUCCCCGCUCUUGACUCUUUUGGAGAUUCGCAAGUUUGCACCCCAUUUACUGGAUGGCAAGAUGCAGAUCUUCAUUGACGGUGGGAUUCGCCGUGGAACCGACGUGCUCAAAGCUCUUGCUCUAGGUGCCGCUGCUGUUGGUCUCGGUAGGCCAUUCUUGUUCAGCCUGUCCGGGGGCUAUGGAGAAGCUGGGGUUCGUCGGAUGUUGGAAAUUUUGCGACAAGAGAUCGAGAUGAACAUGACGUUCCUGGGAGCUACGAGUUUGAAAGAGUUGCGUCCAGAAAUGGUGAAUGCAAGUCGCUUGGAGAGAGAUAUGAUUGGAAGUGUGAAGUUGUAG